GCCACUAUCCGCCUCACUCUUCAUCUGGAGUCGACGGUCGCCGACUUCUUCCGUCCUUCGCCAGAACCACCUUCCUCUUCCUCUUGUUUCCGUCGCUUUUGCAGCUAUGGAUGACGAAAAUUCGAACCCGUUUCGGAGAAUGUCGAGCCGUACUCGUAAAGUGGCUCCUAAAAUGGCUGCGGCACUUGCCAGCUCUGAUAAUCGAACUCAGGCAGCUUUGGCCCGGCUUGAAGCUUUGGAGAAUGAUAACGCAGGGAUUGAAACAAUUGAACCGAACGAUGAUGAUGAAGCUUCUCUUGAUGAUGAUGAUCAAGCAUACAUGCAAAAGAGGUCCAAGGGCACAAAACGUAAAACCCGACAGGCAAAAGCACUUGAAAAUGCUAGGAAGGCUCCAAGAACAUUUCUUGAGCUCUUACAUGAGGCAAACCUGGAAUCCUUGCCUCCUCAUGUUCCAUCCUAUUUGAGGGCAGCAGUUGGACCUCCAAGGUCUACCUCCCGCCGGCAUUUCUGCAGUGUUUGUGGAUUUACUGCAAACUAUACAUGCGUGACAUGUGGAAUGCGCUUUUGUUCAGGCCGUUGCCAAAAUAUACAUAAUGAUACUCGAUGUAUGAAAUUUGUUGCUUGAGUGAUGAGACAGGAACCAGAAAAUUUUUGUUUGUAUAGCACAACUCAUCAAAUGCCAAAAAAAAAAGAUGUUCUCUGUUGUGUACUGUAAUUUUUUUUUCAUGUAUAAUAGUCAAGCAGGCUGUCCCCUACAGAUUAGGAAGUCUGGAUCAGUUUCAUUCUGUCUUUAGUGCACAGGAAAUGUGAUACAAGGUAGUUGUUGUGUUUGUGGAAUAGCUGUUGUGCAAUUGUUGGGAGGUUUACUUUCUUAACUAUCUUGAUGUCAUGGCAGAAAUUAGGGGCUGAGGUGAAUUUGUAGAGGAUGUACAGGGUUAGCAUGGUAUGGAACUUCUGAGAUGACCUAAUGGCAUUGUGGGAGAUUUUGUGCUGGUAUAUCCCUAUUAACUUUUGUAAGUGACAUAGCCUUGCAAAAUCCUUGUAAAAAAGUGAACGAUGGUUCUCUAUUAUGAUUAAUGCAUUAUGACAUCCUCUUCUUGAAGUGAUCAAUGGUAGAAG